UAAUCUGUAUACGAGGAUCUUUUUUUUUUUCUCUCUCCUCUUUAGGUCUCUAGAAGUACGUUGGGUCUGCUCUCUCUCCUUCCUCUCUCUCUCUCUCUCUCUUUUUCUCUCUUUCUCUCCCGUGUCAUCUUCAAGAUCAUGAAGUUCGCCCCGAUCCUGUUGUUUGUCAUAGCGAUCGUUUUCGCUGCCGAGGAGAAGGAGGAAGAACGUCCUAAAACGUUUAGAAGACUCAUUCCAGCAGACGUUCUUCGCGAUUUUCCCGGUAUGUGCUUUGCCUCGACAAGAUGUGCCACUAUUGAACCAACAAAAUCUUGGGAAUUGACACCAUUUUGUGGCCGUUCUACUUGCGUACCUGCUGAUGACAACUCUGGUCGACUUUUCGAACUUGUCGAAGACUGUGGACCACUUCCAAAAGCUAAUCCGAAAUGCAAACUCUCAGAUAAAACUAAUAAGACCGCUGCAUUCCCUAAUUGCUGUCCCAUUUUCGAAUGCGAAGAAGGAGCAAAACUUGAAUAUCCAGAAAUUCCAACUUUACCACCACCCACGGAAAUUAUAGAGACCGAGAAAACUUCAGAAGAAGUUCCGACAAAAGCUUAAAUUCUAAAAAAACAGAUUAUAAUCUUUACAAAUUAAAUU